AUGGAGUCAGAUACACUGCCUAGUACACAGCCGUCAUCUCCUCUACCUCGACAAGGAUGGACCCAACUACCAUCCCCAGCCCGCGCGUCUCCAGUCGUGUCCACUGCCGGCCCCUCACACCAUCCUAACCAAUGCCGCGAGUCCGUCGCCGAUGACCCCGCCGCAGCAUAUCGUACCACCGCUAUGCGCCAGCUCAACGGCUCCCCGAGAUCUGCGCCCCGUCCCGUCCGUGACAAUCCCUCUGGAAGACGCUCGUCGACACUCGCCACGCGCCCCGUGCUUGUCAGGGCGUAUUCAGGAGAUGCGCAGGAUAGAGCUACACGACCGUCUGCUAUGUCUGCGCGUCGGUUCUUCUCGUUUUCCGGCUCGGGGAGUCCACCUCCGGCUCCGUCUCGUCCGUCACAGUCUGAUGUCAUGUUCCCGACGGAUAAGGACUUCAGUAUCGAGAGUAUACUGCAGGCUAUCGAGCCUGAUAUCCGUGGAACGCUAGACUCCAUUGCUGAGAUAUGUGGGCGGAGCAAGCUGAGCCUUUCCAAUGAGUAUGGGAGUCACAUCGCGCCUUUGGGUGAGAUCUGUGCUCCGUCAGGUGCGCUAGGACCGGUCGAGGAGGCCAGGCCUAAUGAGGAACAGGGUGUCGAUGAUAGCAAUGCGGUCGUUGUUGAGGAUGAUGCUAGUCCGGUUGAUCCCGCUCGUGAUAUGCAUCCGUUCUCGUUUCAUCGAUAUCUGGAAAAUCUGAGACAUACUGCGUCUAUGCUGGAACAGAAUGGUGCACCUGCCCAGUCAACCCAGAGACAACCCCAUUCUCUAUUGUCUCCUGUCAUGGCCUCCGAGGCGGAACCUGGUUUGGCUAUUAGCCCGGAGAUCGUAGCUUCGACGCCUUUGACGCGCGAAUUCGCAUCGAGACCCAGGCAUAGCGGUCGUGAUCUGCUUGCAAAGAAUUCUGCUGCUGGCAGUGGCCAACACCACUCCUCAAAAAUGGCCACUCCCGCUGUAGUGUCGGAGGUUCAUCUGGAGGUGAUUGCAAAUGAUGGAUCCUCCGCCGAAUCCAAUAUCCUCCCGCAACCUGCUCUGGCAGGUGAUGGUUUACCUGAUGCGGGAAGCUCAGGUCCGGAAAUUAUACAAUCCCUCCUUGGCUGGCUAAAGUGGACUGCCACUAUCGCUGGGCCGGAAUCUAGUCCUGCUUUGGAGUCUGCGGAGGGUCGGCUACGAGCUAUGCUUGAUCGUUCAGGGAAUGAGGCUGUGCCCUCAACUGCGCGUUGA